AUGCCCAGCGAUACGACACUGCCGGGAUUGCAGGUAACUGGAUUCAGACUCCGGAGAACACAUGAGAAAUCCAGGAAUGGUUGCACCAGAUGUAAGCAGCAGCGGAAGAAGUGCGAUGAGUUGAGGCCGAGUUGCUCCAGAUGUACCAAGCGCAUGUAUAGAUGUCGAUAUCGAAACUGUCCGAGUGAUGGUGGUAAUUUGUCGGAGCAGCAGGAACCGACCCACUUGCCAGUUCCACCCAAAAGCCCUACCGUUGUAAUCCCAGGCUCCGGGUCGCCGUCUGCAACUUCGAGUGAUCGCCUUUCUGUAUCCAGUCCUCCGCCUUGCGGACAACCUAGUGCCUCCUCAAGUCUUGGUACAAAUGAAGAAAGCCCGGUGUUGAAUUCAAACUUCCCUGGCACUCUCGACGCGGCAGAGCUUGAUCUCCUAGCCCACUAUAUCACGCACACUAGCCAAUCUAUACCUGUUGACGAUCUCGAUGUGUAUGCUCUUUCCAUAGGUGUACCAAAUCUGGCUUUAAAUUGCAAGGUCGUCAUGUCAUCCCUGCUAGCCUUGGCAGCGGCAUGCAGGUGCCACGAUAUAGCGAAACGAGCCCAGACGCUUCUCGACCACCAGAGCCUAAUGCAGAUCCAACGGCUACUUGCGCUUGCGGAGCGCCACCAUAGAGCCUCCCUUCGCCACAUACAAACGGCCAUGCAUAACUCACAGUCGUACGACUAUGUCCUCGCCAACGCGGCAUUGAUGGUGUUGUACGCGUCCGCCAGUCACUCCAUUCGAGUACAUCUUGCAGCCACUGCGAAACAAUGUCGACAGCGGCUGCCAGAUGCGUUACUUCCACAACACUCACAAUGGAUCUCGUUCACACGCGCAGCUCAUACAGCGUCGACUGCAGUUCUCAGCGACACCGUCAAUGCUCCGGAUAACGUUCAGAGUUCCAUCCCCUGCCCAGUUAUAGAUACAGGACCGAAUGUACCGACCCCAGUCUUCCGUAGUACGCACGUUUCAUCACCACAGGAUGGUCCAUCUGAGAAUACGAAACGUCUAUUUCUCCCUCUGGUCGCAUCUACAUAUGCUCGAGCUUUGGAGAACCUACGUCGGAGAGCUGAAUCUACCGCAGCGUUAUUAGAGAGGGCAGAGCCUUCUGCUUGCAACAAUGUACAGCUUCACGCGUCCUUGGAGACUGUGCGUGUGCUUGAGAAAUGUGCAUCCUUAGCUCUGUCGACAAGAGAAGGCCACGACAGCGCCAAGAGCCCCAGGAAUCAGGCUCUACCAUCUGAUCGAUAUUCUAGAGUCUCACCAUGGGUGGCAAGAUAUAUGAUCAGUGUGACAUCAAUGGAGUCGCCACGGGUCCUUCGACGGAUCAUCAUGUCGUUUUUGAACGAAGCUCCAGCUGAAUAUCUGACCCUUGUCCGGUCGGUGCUCGACUCCCCCUCCAUGCAGGCGAGAGCAGAGAGUUGGAUGACGCAGGAUUCUCCCAGAGCUGAGGCACCGUCGCUCAACCCGACGGAUUUACUAGCCAUGGAUAUCUUUGCCCAUUGGCUCGUCCUUGUCAUGUUACUGGACGGUGUAUGGUGGAUUGGUGAUAUUGGACAGUGGGAGCUAGGUCAGGUUAUGUCAUUGAUGAAGACUCAGAAGCUGCUGGACGAUAGUCGAGAAACGUGGUGGCCGGAGAGCAUGUACUUGGUUAAGCGGGAGCUCACCCCCAAUGUCCAGCAGUCAUAG